GUUACAGGGCGCUAGAAGGGUGUCGGCGGGCCACGCGGUAUCAUCGCGGGAUGUGUCCGCCAACGGUGGCUGACGUACGGAAACAUGUGUUCGUGUUUAUUAUUCGCUCUCUAGGCAGUUUCUGAAAAUUCGCCGGAGCCUUUGUGCGUGAUCGUCCAAAUAAGUAUCCAGAUCCUCAAAAAUCCGCGAAUAUUUCUGUAUUUAUCUCUAAUGUUAGUGUUGUGCGGUGUCUCUUUCACUGAAACGUUGUUGCUUUUGCAAUUCGCUCAUGAAUUACAUCGUGGAGAAGUCAAAUUCUGUGCUUUUAAAUCAUAGUGAUUUUCGUUAUUUGCUGAUAACAUUUGUUUGGAAUCAUGGAUUCUUACGGAUACCCUUGGUCCGACAACCCAGAGGCUGGGGUGCCGGACAUGACCACCAUAUCGAACCUGGACGAGAAAGGGAUCAACAGAAACCUCCAAGUUCGAUACCUCAAAGAUCAGAUUUACACCUACUCUGGGACCAUUCUGGUAGCUGUCAAUCCGUAUAAAGAACUCAGCAUCUACAGCACCGAUCACAUUUGGCAAUACCAUGGCGCCAAGUUGGGGAUGCUGGAGCCGCACGUCUUCGCUCUGGCAGAAGCGGCUUACACCUCAUUGCAGGCGACGGAUCACAACCAAUCCUGCGUCAUCUCGGGCGAGAGCGGAGCCGGCAAGACCGAAACCACCAAAUUCAUCUUGCAGUACCUGUGCAGCGUCACCAGCACUGUCUCUACUUGGGUCGAGCAUCAAAUUCUCGAGGCUAACACUGUCAUGGAAGCCUUCGGAAAUGCAAAAACCGUACGAAAUGACAACUCAAGUAGAUUUGGAAAGUUCAUGCAAGUUUGCCUGGACAAGAAAUGGAUGAUCAAAGGCUGCAUUAUUCAAGAUUAUCUUCUGGAGCAGUCAAGAAUUACUUUCCAGAGCAAUGGGGAAAGGAAUUAUCAUGUGUUUUAUCAGCUUGUUAGUGCUGCCAAGAUCAAUAAAGAAAUUGCUGAACAAUACAAGCUGAAGCCAGCUGAAUUUUUUGCUUACCUGAAUCAGAGUGACUGCAUCAGUAUAGAGGGGAUAAAUGAUGCACUUAAGUAUGAUACCUUGUGCCUUGCAUUCAAUGUGCUUCGGAUUCCAUUACACAUGGUUGAAGGCAUUUUUAGCACACUCUCUGCAAUCUUGUGGCUUGGGAACCUUACUUUUCAGGACAUUGAUGGCGAGCGGUGUCAGUUAACUGAAGAGGAUCAUCAGAUUUUAAAGACAGUUGCAGAGUUAUUAGGUCUUCAAGUUGAUGACCUAGCUCAAGUCGUUUUACUGCGGCAAAUCAAUGUGAGAGGCUGUGUAACAGAAAUCCCGCUCAAAUUUCAAGAGGCCAAAGAAAAUCGCCAUGCAAUGGCGAAAGCUCUGUAUUCAAGGGUUUUUGCGUGGUUAGUUAACCACAUUAAUACAUGUACAAAUCCAGGACAAGACUCAACAAGGUUUCUAGGAGUUUUGGAUAUUUUUGGAUUUGAAAACUUUGCUGUGAAUUCUUUCGAACAAUUGUGCAUUAACUACACUAAUGAAAAAUUGCAAAAAUUCUUCAAUAACUAUGUUUUUGCCUUAGAACAGCAAACUUACCGAGAGGAAGGGAUCGAGUACUCUCAUAUAGAGUUCACGGAUAAUACUGAAUGUCUAGAACUCAUUGAGAAGCCUCCUCGGUGCAUCUUUAAAUUGCUGACUGAGCAGUGUCACAUGCCAAAGGGCUCUGACUCGGCUUAUCUAGUUAAUCUUCAUAGUGAAUUUGAAUCUCAUCCGUAUUAUAUCAAAGGUGAUGAUCGGAGGAGAUGGGAAUUGGAAUUUGGCGUGAAUCAUUACGCUGGGACUGUGAUAUAUUCUGUUGCCGGUUUUGUUGAUAAAAAUCGGGAUGUUCAGCAAGAUGUCUUCUUUGAUUUUAUUAGUCGUAGCUCAAAUUCAUUAGUUCAACAGUUGUAUAUUUAUCAGGAUUUAUUAGGAGCAACUGUAUCAAAAAUUAACGCUGUAAAUAGUUCAAAUUCAUGCACGGCUUUAGGCACUCUAGCCUCUAGAGGAACAAGUAAAGGGAAACCGACUGUCUCGGAUACAUUUAGACAUCAAUUACAAGCGCUUGUAGAAGUCCUGCAAGCUACUAAUCCAUGGUAUGUACGGUGCAUCAAACCAAAUAUGAUAAAAAAACCAAACCACUAUGAUGAGGUAAUGGUUUCGGAUCAAUUGAGGUACUUGGGUAUGCUUUACACCAUCAUGAUCCAUAGACAAUGUUACCCUGUUCAUCUUAGGUUCCAAGAUUUCUUUAAUAAAUAUUAUUGCUUAGCUCCUCGGAAUGGUCGACGGAAAACUGUGGAUGAAACCAUACGAGCAAUUUUGAAGGGUCUCAACUUUCCGAACAAAGACUGGCAGAUUGGAAAAACCAAAGUGUUCAUCAGGACUGCUGCUUUUGAAACUCUGGAAGAAAAUUGGAAAAAUGUAGUAGCAGCAAAUUCACUAGUCAUUCAACGAUACUGGCGCGGUUACGUUGUUAGGAAAGAGUUUAGAAGAAUUCGCACCGCUGUUUUGAAAUUACAGUAUGCAUUCCGAGGUUGGAAACAGAGAGUAGAAUUUUUGCGGCAAAGGCGGGCCGCCAUUGUAAUUCAAGCACACUUACGAGGAGUCUUUGCUCGUGAGGUCGCAAGUGCUUUGCGAGAAAUGAGAAGAGUUGAAGAUGAGAUGAGGAAGAGAGAAGAAGCCGAAAAGCUGAAAGAGCAAGCUAAAGAAGAAGAACCUGAAGAAGAUGGUGAUGAAAAAUCUGAAGGCGAAAAUGGAGUCACACCUGAAGAAAUUUCUGAAAGGAAAGAAAAACAAAAGGAGGAAGUUGCUGCCCUUGCAAGACACUUAAAUAACAAACUGAGAGAAUCAAAAAGAGACUCUGUGGAUCUGGAUAAUUUGUUUGCAUUUCUGUCAGACAGUCAGAAUGGCAGCAAAAAGCGGUUAAUUGAUCAGAUUGGAGAAAAAAUGAAUGAACUUGUAAAUGAUCUAGAUUACGAGUUGGAGUCUGUUCUGCAGCAAGAAUUAGAAAGUUUGAAUCUACAAAAUAACAUCAACAACAACAAUGGUGAAUCUAUCAAUGGUGCCAACAACCAUACAAACAAUAAUAACAACAAUAAUGCACCAACCUCACUCUCCCCUCUCCAUAAAAAUAUUGCAAACCUCACUAACAAAGUUAACGGCAGUAAAUCAAUCGUAAAACCCAUUGCUCGAUUGCUGCCUGAACCAACUGUUCCUCCUCCUCCCCCUCCAGUCACAACUUCUGCCACGGUUCCAAAAACUGAAGAAAUUCGGCAAAGCGGGAAUACUCUAAAAAACGGGUCGCCUUCUCCAUCCCCUCGGAGCGUCGAUGGUAAUGAGGCCCCCAAAAAAUCAGGGGGAGAACCGAUCUAUGAGAGUGUCAUACCAAGAGAUGAAAAUGGGAGGGGACCUUGUACAUCACCACCUCCUCUUCCUGCUCCUCCUUACCAUAAAUUCCGGCCAAAGAGUCCAACCUUUGAACGGAUUCGUUCAAAUUCACCAGGUGCUAAUCUAGUCUCACCGAAACAGAGUCGUCCCAACUCAAGAGGCUCCUCAGUCUCAACGGGGAUGCAGUCACCAUAUUCUCAUCGAACAGGCUCAGCCAACAUUUGCGAUGAGCCUGCAACGGAAAUGGAGUUGAAUCGAAGAAAUAGGGUAGAAAAGCGUUUACAAGAACUCUCCGUCAAUGGGUCUCAUAACCGCACUACAACCGCACCUAACAAUCUACAAGAAAACUACCAUGAUAUUGUUGAGUUCGCCCAAACUCAUUUCAAUGAUCAUAUAAAAACUCCUGAAGGUACUAUUAUGGCUACACUAACCAGGAAAAGUAAAGCCCUAGAAGUUAUUCCUAAGUAUGAAAUGGUUACUCAUUACCGAGGCUGUACUAUUCCUACUUCGCAUCUCAAAUUAUAUGAUCCAGAUAACAUUACUAUUGCGUGCAGCAUGUUUAGAGAUCUUUGUAAGUAUAGUAGAGGAGAACUGAAGCCUGAAUCGGAACUUUCUACGCUGCAAACAAUCAUCAAGUAUGCCCUUGAUAGAGAGGAAUUACGGGAUGAACUCUAUGUUCAAUGUAUGAGACAAGUUACCAAUAACCCCUUUGUUGAACACGCUGAGCAGAUUUGGCUUCUUCUGUGUUUGUGUAUCGUUGCAUUUCAGCCAAGUAAAGCUCUUUACAAAUAUUUUAUCAGUUUCCUACACAAAAACCUGCAGUGUGAGGGAAAACUUCGUCAGUAUGUGCAGUGGUGCCUUGAUAAUUGUAAAAAUACGAAAGCCUCUAGUCGACAAUAUCCACCAUCCACAGUCGAAAUUGCUGCCAUGAAGCGGUUGGGUACGAUUGUCUGUCGAUUUUUCUUCUUAGAUGGGAGAACAAAAGCUAUAGACAUUCAUCCGACUGAUACUGCAAGUGACGCAGCAAGCAAAUUAGCUGAUAAAUUAGGCUUAAGGUCUUUGGACGGUUGGGCUGUUUACCAAAGUCGGCCGGACGGAGAGGAGCAUGUCAGAUCGCACUGCUAUUUAUAUGAUGUAAUUGCAGAGUGGGAAAUGAAACAAAACAAGAUGGCUGCCGCUGCUAAUUCAUCAGGAUUUGCAUCGCUAACUCGCAAAAGUAGUUCAAAUGCAACAUUAGGUGCUGGAGAGAAUCGUUUCAUAUUCAAAAAACGAUUGUUUCGCAGUUCACGGGAAAUCUCACAAGAUCCUGUUGAAGUUAAUCUCUUAUAUGCUCAAGCAGUUUAUAGUGUUGUUAAAUGUGAUGAUUUUCCUGUCAGCGAGAAAGUUGCACUACAAUUGGCCGGUUUGCAAGCUCAGGUUGCCCUUGGAGAUCCCAAAAUGGAUAAACUUGACUACUACGCAGAUAUUGAUAGUUACCUUCCAUACCGCAUAAGUCGGUGUCGUGGCGAGGAUGUUUGGGUACCUAUUAUUGCUGAAGCUCAUAGGCAAUACGGUGCAGGAAGAUCUGAGCUCAUGGCGAAAGUUUUGUACUUAUCUUGUGUAAUGCAGUAUCCUUUGUAUGGCACAACAAUGUUCCAAGUUACUUACCGUGGCUACUGGUCUUAUGGUAACAAUGUGAUACUAGGAAUCAACUGCCAUGGAAUCUUGCUCAUCAAACCAGAAGACAAGCUUCUAUUGUACGAGUUUGACUAUAGCCAAAUGGAGUCGCUACAUCUUGAUCCAAGUGACAAUUUUAUAACUAUAAAUCUAACUCAUCAGCAUAAUACAAACAAUUCUCACCAACAUCACUGUAUUGUUUUUGAGACAGCACACAGAAGUGAAAUUGCAUCUUUAAUCGUUAGUUAUUACCCACCUUUGACCAACUGCAUUACACAAUCGGAGCUUCCAAUUAAAUUGAUGACGACUGAAGAUCGAGUAAGAUUGUAUCAUAAUUUAGUCAAUGCUAGGCGUGCUCUUGUGGACAGCGAUUUAUUGCGGAAGCCCCUCGAUUCCGCUGCCAAUUUCAUUCGUAAUACUUUGCGCAGGUUAAGCAAAACAAGGCUUGAAAAAUUACGACUUGAAGGUGCUGAAACUUAUCGCGGAUUUGGUCUAUCUUACUGGACGUGUACACGCCAUCCAAUCACUCAGAGCUUAAGUCGGUUGUCUGAACAGGAAGAGGAAAUUGCCCUACAAAUGUUCCAGCUAAUUCUCACGUAUGCAGGCCUGGGACAGAAUGGUGAAGCUUUGCCAAAAGUAGCAACUUCAUCAGAAGACGAUCAACUUGCUCUAGUUCAAAGUCUAACGGAGCGAGCCCUAUCCAGUAACAACCUACUCAAUGAAUUGUAUCUCCAAUUAAUCAAGCAAACAACACCAACGACUCUGAAAGAAACCGACUGUGUGAAUAUGCGUGCCAGCAUUCGCUACUGGGCACUUCUCUGCAUCACAUGUAGUUUGUCUGUGCCCCCAGCGCCACCCUUAGGAACUUAUUGUUUGUAUCACUUGAAGCACUCAGCUGCAACUUUACGACAUAACCAGAUGGCUAGAUAUGCCAGUUAUGCUGAAAAGCUCUUACUUAAAGCUCAAGGGAAACUUAGACGUCAACUUCCUCCAUCCAGAGAAGAGAUCUUUUGCACUGUAAAUAGACGCCCAAUUUACACUAGGAUCUUUUUCAUGGAUGGGCAGUACCAUACUUUUGAAAUUUUACCAUCAGCAACAGCUAAAGAGGUGGUGGAAGCUGUUAAAGCUAAAAUAUGUCUUCGAGAAAAUGCUAUGGGAUACGCUUUGUAUGAGGUUUGCGGGAGUUCCGAACGAAGCUUGCUCAGUGAAGAAAAACUUGCUGAUGUCAUGUCUAAAUGGGAGAGACAGAGGAAGUCAAUCGCCGCUUCUGUAAAUAUCAAUAAUUCGUCCAAUGGAAAGCAAACAAUCAAGCGUCAAUCUCAGCAGCAUUUAUUCCUCUUCAAGAAGCACCUCUUUUUGGAUCAGUUCUUGGACUUGGAUGAUCCUGUCGAGAAAGAGCUUCUUUACCAUCAAGUUCUCCACAGUUUGCGAUGUGACAGAUACCCGAUAUCUGAAAAUGAGGCUAUCAUGUUGUGCUCGCUACAAGCUCAGGUAGAAUUCUCUGAUAGUGGGACAUUGACUGAUGCCAAUUACCAUGCAGCAGUCAGUCACUGCAUGUCCGCGCGACUAGUGCCAAAUAUACCUCUCGAGUGCGUUGCCAUGCAUCACCAGAGUCUUCGUGGAAUGACCUCGGAUGAAGCCAAAAAAGCUUUCUUGAGUCUAAUCAAAAGUUGGCCCCUGCAUCAAGCAACCAUCUUUGAUGUUAUGCAAUCUUUCACGUCUAACUGGCCUCGUGUUCUCUGGCUGGCAGUGGACCAAACAGGCUUGCAUUUACUGGAGCACCGAUCAAGGCAUACUCUGGUCACUUACGAAUACAGCUCAAUUCUAUCAUACAGUCCAGCUCUUAACUGUUUGAUGAUAAUUACAAUCACGGAACAAAAACAAAGCAAAGUAAUUCUAACAACAUCACAAGCUUUCCAAAUAGCAACCCUCAUCAAAGAGUACACUGAUGUUCUCAAGAAAGCACGCUCAAGUGUUCAAAAAACUGCCGACUCAAAGAAAAACUGCCACACAGAAAGCACUAAACAGUUGCACCAUCGUCCAUUAAGCAUCUUACAUAAACCAGCGCCUGAAAUUGAUUCCACUGCCGUUUCAACUGGUUAACUUGCUCUUUUUACGUUUAAAAUUUCUAGUCAUUUAUUUUAUAUGUGUACCAAUAUCUUGUUUUAUUUUAUCAUACAACAAGAAAGAUUUUUCCUUUUACUUAACCGAAUUAAUAUGCAUAAUUUUCCGAAAAAUUUUACAAUAAAAACUCCAACGUUUUUAGAAACUGACUUUCGAUGAAUGCUUAAACUAGUCUUUUGAGGAUCAAACCCAUUCGUUUUCAGGAAAAUUUGUAGAAAAAUUUAUUAAAAUACUCUUAUGGUGAUGAGUGCUUUUAUGUUAUGAAAUGCAGUCAGUUGCAAUGUUUUUUUAUUGCCAGACUAAUGGUUUUAAGAGAGCCUUUGUGCAAUUUUAUUUUCUAUUUAUUUCAAUGUUUUGUCUUGUAUGAGGACAGUUUUAGCUUAGCUGUAAAUUCUUACCAAUGUAGAAUUUCACAAAAAGAAUUUGCUUUUAGGUAGUUCUUUUUUAGGCAAAUCCUGUUUAUCUUGCACUUAUGUCAUAAUAAAGAUUAAAAAAUCAUGUGUAAGGCAGAGGAAAGUAUACAAAA